GGAGGGAGAGGAGGAGCAGGAGCGGGAGAAUCGCAGCGCCCGCACGCCGAGCCUGCAGCACCCCCUGCCCCGGGAGCAUCGCCCCCAGCCCCGAGCCGCAGGAUUUUCCAUUCCCAAACCUUGAUUGGAUGGAGAAGGAGGCUGUGAGGAAGAGGAAGGAGCCCCGGGACACCCAGAAAGGGAAGGAACUGAGGAUGGAGACCAGGGAGGAAAAAUCUGCAUGGCAGAACCUCGUGAAAAAGACCGUUUUGAGUGAUUCUAGCACACAAGAAUCCAACAGGGAAGAAAAACCUCAGGAAUCCCCCAUGAGGAGGGGCUCCAAACCCAGCCCAGGGUGCUCUGAAGAAGAAAGAGCCACCCUGAGCGAGGAAGGUGGGCAGACCUUCAGCCAGAGUUCAGAGCUGGUGGUCCAUAAAAAGAUUCAUGAUGGGGAGAAGCCCCACAAGUGCUUGCAGUGUGGGAAGAAAUUUAGGUGGAGCUCCCACCUGAUCAGCCACCAGAUGAUCCACACUGGGGAAUGGCCCUACGAGUGUGGGGAGUGUGGGAAGGGCUUCAGCUACAGAUCCAACCUUGUGACCCACCAACGUCUCCACACUGGAGAGAGGCCCUACGAGUGUCCCCAGUGUCAGAAGAGGUUUCAGAGCAGCUCCAAUCUCCUCCAGCACCAGCGGAUUCACACCGAGGAGAGGCCCUUCCUCUGCCCUGAGUGCGGGAAGGGCUUCAAGCACAACUCCAACCUCAUCAAGCACCGGCGCAUCCAUACUGGGGAGAGGCCCUACCAGUGCGCCACAUGUGGGAAGAGGUUUCAGACAAGCUCCCAUCUCCUCCUGCAUGACCGGAUUCACACGGAUGAGAGGCCCUUCCACUGCCCCGACUGUGGGAAGGGUUUCAAGCACAACUCCACCCUCAUCACCCACCGACGCAUCCACACAGGGGAGAGGCCCUACGAGUGUCCCCAGUGUGAGAAAAGCUUCACCAGUAGCUCUCACUUGACCAGACACCAACGGAGCCACCAGUAAGGGAAGCCCUGCAAAUGCCAAAAAUGCAGGAACAGCUUCAUGCACCACUCCAGCUUCAUCCCCCAUGGGAGAACCCACAUUGGGAAGAACCCUGGUGAACCAGUUUCCCUGUGGUCUAUGCUGGAAAGACACCUGUCCCUUUUCCUGCCCUUGCCAAAGACAUGAUGUGGGAUGGAAGAACAUGAGAGUCUGGCCAUGGCCAUGUCACUACAUUCACUCGCACAUCACAACAUUGCCAGGGGCAGGAAAGGGACUCUCUCUCUCUCCCUGAGGAGAAGGGUGUCCUUUCCAGACAGGGGAAAUUGUGGCCAGGAAGAGCCUGUUGUUGAUGUAUUAGUUUUCCCAGUAAACUGUUUCAUUUAUCCCUUCUGUUAUCAAUAUCAUUUCAGUUUCUGUUUGUUCCUUAUCUCAUUCUUGUUCCCAAUAAAUUGUUC